CUGUACUCUAUGUCAACUGGUGUCGACGAUGCCUGCCCUGUCACCAUAACCCCCUAUCAAUCUAAUGAUCUCCAGAAUGCGUCUCGCUUUAAGGCGUCACAGGCACGUAAUUGCGUGGUUGAUUGCCUCCAUCAACGUGGCCGCAACCGGGAGUAUUUGCAAUCCUUCCUUUGGUUAUGGGCAUCCGUCGGUCCGCCGGUGCCUGACCGGAAGCCUUGGGAACAGUGCUCUAGUGGUCAGCGGUUGCUCACACCAGGGUAGAAACUCCCUGCCGAUUCUCGGUUCGGGAGGUAGGUACUCCACCGGAGAGGUAGGUACCAGGAGCUGCCAAUAAGUGGUGCCUCACCACCAUUACGCAUUUUAAGCAGUAGUCUAUAUUAGGAGCGCACUAAGUCAGAU